CCCGUGGAGGGGAGGCUGCUCGCUAAAACUAAUGGCGGUUGAGUAGCAGGCUAGUAGCGCGCCGGAGCUCUGUCCCUCCCUCCCUCCCUCCCCUGCUACUUAAAUAGUCAAGUGUAGGCCUGUGUGUGCUUCCUCUGCUUCUGCUUCUUCCUCGUCCAGCAGCAUCUCUCUUCCCUUCCCUUGUCCUCGCCUGCGAUUCUUGCGGCAGCUAGAUAGAUUCUGCUGCGAACUCCCUCUUCUCAACCUGUGGGAUUUCUUCCUCCGUUGCUUUCUUGAUGAGGUUUCGGGUUCAGGCACCCUACUUCUCCUCCUGGCCAAGGGAAAUUGCGACCCAAAUGUUCUCCGUCGACAUGUGAAGCCACCCAACAACACGGCAGCACGCAACUCCCACCGCCGCCGCCGGCAUCUCCGUUUUCUCCUCCUUCCUUGCAAGAAUCGACGGCUGCACGCAGAGGACCCGAAGCCAUGUCGCCCUUCACUGCGGGCUUCUUCUUCUUGCUCGUGCUGCUCCGGCUGCUGGCGCCCGCCAUUGCCGACGCCGGCGAGGCGGCGGCGCUGCUCGCCUUCAGGCGCGCGUCCGUGGUGGACGACCCGCGCGGCGCUCUCACGACCUGGGCGUCCGGCGCCGCCGCCAACUCCACCGCGCCCUGCUCGUGGGCCGGCGUCACGUGCGCGCCACCGCUCGACGGCCGGGUCGUCGCCGUCAACCUCAGCGGCAUGGAACUCGCCGGCGACCUUCAGCUCGGCGCGCUCCUUUCCCUCCCGACGCUGCAGCGUCUCGACUUGCGCCGCAAUGCCUUCUACGGCAACCUCUCGCACGCGCCGCCGUCGUCGUCGUCGUGCGCGCUCGUGGAGGUGGACAUAUCGUCCAACGCCUUCAACGGGACGCUGCCCCCGGCGUUCCUGGCGUCCUGCGGCGCGCUGCGGUCCCUGAACCUGUCGAGGAACGCCCUCGCCGGCGGCGGGUUCCCGUUCGCGUCGUCGCUGCGGUCGCUCGACCUGUCGCGCAACCACCUGGAGGACGCCGGCCUGCUCAACUACUCCUUCGCCGGCUGCCAUGGCCUGCGCUACCUCAACCUCUCCGCCAACCUCUUCACGGGCCGGCUGCCGGAGCUGGCGUCGUGCAGCGUGGUCACCACGCUCGACGUAUCGUGGAACCAGAUCUCAGGCGCGCUCCCCGCCGGUUUCAUGGCGACCGCGCCGGCCAACCUGACGUACCUGAGCAUCGCCCGUAACAACCUCACCGGCGAUGUCUCUGGGUACAACUUCGGCGUGUGCGGCAACCUGACGGUGCUUGAUUGGUCCAACAAUGGCCUAAGCAGCACCGGAUUGCCGCCGGGUCUCACCAACUGCCGGCGCCUCGAGACGCUCGACAUGUCAGGGAACAAGCUUCUCUCCGGCUCAAUACCGACCUUCUUCACCGAACUUCCUUCUCUGAAGAGACUGGCAUUGGCCGGCAACGAGUUCGCCGGGCCGAUACCGGAGGAGCUGGGCCAGCUGUGCGGCAGAAUCGUCGAUCUGGACCUGUCGAGCAACCGGCUGGUCGGCGGCUUGCCGGCGAGCUUUGCAAAUUGCAGCUCCCUCGAGGUGCUCGACCUCAGAGCGAACCAGCUCUCCGGUGACUUCGUGGCCAGCGUCGUCAGCACCAUCUCCCCGCUCCGCGUGCUGCGGCUGGCAUUCAACAACAUCACCGGCGCGAACCCGCUGCCGGCGCUCGCGGCGGGGUGCCCAUUGCUGGAGGAGAUCGACCUCGGCUCCAACGAGCUCGACGGAGAGAUCAUGCCGGACCUGUGCUCAUCACUGCCUUCUCUGAAGAAGCUGUUCCUCCCAAACAACUACCUCAACGGCACCGUGCCGACGUCGCUCGGCAACUGCGCUAACCUGGAGUCCAUUGAUCUGAGCUUCAACUUCCUGGUUGGCGAGAUCCCGCCGGAAGUAAUCACUCUGCCGAAGCUGGCCGAUCUGGUCAUGUGGGCGAAUGGGCUGUCCGGCGCGAUACCGGACAUCCUAUGCUCCAAUGGCACCGCACUGGCAAUGCUGGUGAUAAGCUACAACAACUUCACCGGAGGCAUCCCGCCGUCCAUCACAAGCUGCGUGAACCUCAUCUGGGUGUCGCUGUCGGCCAACCGUCUCACCGGGGGCGUGCCGCCGGGCUUCUCCAAGCUCCAGAACCUGGCCAUCCUGCAGCUCAACAAGAACCAGCUCUCCGGGCGCGUGCCGGCGGAGCUCGGCAGGUGCAACAACCUCAUAUGGCUGGACCUCAACAGCAACGGCUUCACCGGCACGAUACCCUCGGAGCUGGCAGCCCAGGCGGGGCUCGUUCCGGAGGGGAUCGUGUCAGGGAAGGAGUUCGUCUUCCUCCGCAACGAGGCCGGCAACAUCUGCCCCGGCGCCGGACUGCUCUUCGAGUUCUUUGGCAUCCGGCCAGAGCGCUUGACCGGGUUCACCCCCGCGGUGCGCAUGUGCCCAGUCACCAGGAUUUACACGGGCACCACGGUAUACACAUUCAGCAGCAAUGGCAGCAUGAUCUUCCUCGACCUCUCGUACAACGGCCUCACCGGCGAGAUUCCGGACAGCCUCGGGAGCAUGGCGUACCUCGUCGUCCUCAACUUGGGGCACAAUGAGCUCAGCGGCAAGAUACCGGAGGGGUUGUCAGGGCUGGAACUAAUGGGCGCGAUGGACCUGUCAAACAAUCACUUGGUUGGCGGCAUACCCUCAGGUUUUGGUGGUCUGCAUUUCCUCGCCGACCUCGACGUCUCCAACAACAACCUCACCGGCCCGAUCCCGUCGUCCGGCCAGCUCACCACCUUCGAGCCGGCCCGGUACGGGAACAACUCUGGUCUCUGCGGCAUUCCUCUGCCGCCUUGCGGGCACAGUCCGGGAGGGGGGAGCGGGGGAGGAAGCUCACAUGAUGGGAGGAGGAAGGUGAUCGGGGCGAGCAUUCUCGUCGGAGUGGCGCUCUCGGUGCUCAUUCUCCUCCUGCUCUUGGUCACGCUCUGCAAGCUCUGGAAGAGCCAGAAGACGGAGGAGAUCAGAACCGGGUACAUCGAGAGCCUCCCGACGUCCGGCGCCACGAGCUGGAAGCUCUCCGGUGUGGAGGAGCCACUGAGCAUCAACGUGGCCACCUUCGAGAAGCCGCUGAGGAAGCUCACCUUCGCGCACCUCCUCGAGGCCACCAAUGGCUUCAGCGCCGAGACCCUCGUCGGCUCCGGUGGGUUCGGCGAGGUUUACAAGGCCAGGCUCAAGGACGGCAGCGUCGUGGCCAUCAAGAAGCUCAUCCAUUACACGGGCCAGGGCGACAGGGAGUUCACGGCGGAGAUGGAGACCAUCGGCAAGAUCAAGCACCGCAACCUCGUCCCGCUGCUCGGGUACUGCAAGGUCGGCGACGAGCGGCUCCUCGUGUACGAGUACAUGAAGCACGGCAGCUUGGACAUGGUCCUCCAUGACGACGACAAGGCCAUGGUGAAGCUCGACUGGGCGGCGAGGAAGAAGAUCGCGAUCGGGUCGGCGAGGGGCCUCGCCUUCCUCCACCACAGCUGCAUCCCCCACAUCAUCCACCGGGACAUGAAGUCGAGCAACGUGCUCCUGGACAGCAACCUCGACGCCCGGGUGUCGGACUUCGGGAUGGCGAGGCUGAUGAACGCGCUGGACACGCAUCUGAGCGUGAGCACGCUCGCGGGCACGCCCGGGUACGUGCCGCCGGAGUACUACCAGAGCUUCCGGUGCACUACCAAGGGCGACGUCUACAGCUACGGCGUCGUGCUCCUGGAGCUCCUCACCGGGAAGAAGCCGAUCGACCCGACCGAGUUCGGCGACAACAACCUCGUCGGCUGGGUGAAGCAGAUGCUCAAGGACAACCGAGGCGGCGAGAUCUUUGAUCCUACGCUGACCGACACGAAGUCCGGGGAGGCCGAGCUCGAUCAGUACCUGAAGAUCGCCUCCGAGUGCCUGGAUGACCGGCCCGCCAGAAGGCCUACCAUGAUCCAGGUCAUGGCCAUGUUCAAGGAGCUGCAGCUUGACUCCGACAGCGACUUCCUCGACGGGUUCUCCAUCAAUUCCUCCACAAUAGACGAAUCUGCAGAGAAAUCGUCGUCGUAAUGUUUUCCUUUUCUUGUUCUUUUUUUCAUGCUCCGGAGGGAUAGAACAGCGAGAUAGCUCAAUGAUUUUAGGUUACAAAAAAAAGGUCGUAGUGUCCUCCAAUUCACUGGGGGAGGUUGUAAUUUUGUGGUUCCACUCUCUGUAUAUAAGCGUCCAAAGUAUGAAGAGGGACAUGAAGGUAGUAGCUUUCAUUUUGCAAGAAAAGGAUCAAUCGUAUUGCUCGUGUUUCAGCA